AUGGACGGUCUUCAAUGGUGCUUAGGUCCAACCGAUCGGCCUCACCUCCUCCGCUAUCGCAACUUCGCAUCGGCAGCUCGCCUGCUCAGAACAGCCUAUCUCGAGCACAACUGCAAUUCGCCACAGGAUGAUGAAGAUGACGACGACUACGCACCAAGCUGGCGCCGCCAGCCGCCUGAUUGUUUUCACCAGAGCUCUCGCGACAUGCUGGAAUUUCUUCAGAAGCGCGCAUGGCCCGAGAUUCGCUACAACGUCUUCAGUACCGCCGGCACCGUGCUCCCAGCUGAGCUGACCGAACACGUCUUUCAGUAUGCCUUGAGCGCAGAAGAGCUGCCGCUGGAGCCGGACGCCUAUCGGAAAUACACCAAAGGGAAGGGUGACAGGAAAAGGAUAUGUUACAAGUUGAGACCAGGGUUGGAGUGCCAUCGUAUGGAGCACGAACCAAAAUCCAUGGCUUGGCGGAGCUUUUUCUCUGAGACGGACACCGAUGAGUCGGAAGUUGAUAGAUGA